AUGGCGGAAACCAGCAGCAAAUCAGAUGCGGAUACCCUGGAUUCAAACAGCUAUGGACGCCAGCUGGAAGAAAUUCGCAUCGCCAACACGCCGGCCGAUACCUCAUUCCAGACGGGUGUCGAUGUUACGACCGCCGAGAAGGACUUUUCGGAGUUGAGCAAACAAUUCUCCAGCAUCUCACACCAAGCCCAGAGAUUAUCUAAACAAGAAUCACGAGCAUCCAAGAUGGGAGUCACCACUAAAGAUAUCGAGAAAGCUGAAGGUUCUACUGGAUCGGAUGAUUCAUGGGAUCUGGAGACGACUCUCCAUGGUGAUCGUGUCGCCUCCGAAGAGGCUGGAAUCAAAGAUAAGCACAUCGGUGUGAUUUGGGACAACUUGUCAGUUCGUGGAAUGGGCGGCGUCAAGACAUAUAUCAAAACAUUCCCAGAUGCAAUCAUCGAUUUCCUCAAUUUACCAGGAACACUCAUUGACCUCUUCGGGUUGAGAAAGAAAGGCCAAGAGUACAACAUCUUGGAAGGUUUCCGGGGUCUCACACAGCCCGGUGAGAUGGUCUUGGUCCUUGGGCGUCCCGGAUCAGGCUGUACGACUUUCCUCAAAGUGAUCGCGAACCAACGGUUUGGAUACACCGGGGUGGAUGGUGAGGUCCUCUAUGGUCCUUUCGACUCGGAUUCGUUCUCCAAAAGAUUCCGCGGAGAAGCCGUAUACAAUCAAGAGGAUGAUAUUCAUCAGCCUACCUUGACUGUGAAACAAACCCUUGGAUUCGCCCUCGACACAAAGACCCCUGGAAAGCGCCCAUUUGGUGUAUCGAAAGCCGAGUUCAAAGAGAAAGUGACUAAUUUGCUUCUGAAAAUGUUCAAUAUUGAGCACACUGCCAACACUGUGAUUGGCAAUCAGUUUAUCCGUGGUGUCUCUGGAGGUGAGCGGCGUCGCGUGUCGAUUGCAGAAAUGAUGAUCACCUCUGCGACUGUAUUGGCUUGGGAUAACAGCACUCGUGGUCUGGAUGCCUCAACUGCCCUCGAUUUCGCCAAGUCCCUGCGGAUUUUGACCAACAUAUACAAAACAACAACUUUCGUGUCACUCUACCAAGCGUCCGAGAACAUCUAUAAACAGUUCGACAAGGUCCUUGUGAUUGACAAUGGCCGUCAAGUAUUCUUCGGUCCUACAUCCGAAGCACGAGCAUAUUUCGAAGGCCUCGGCUUCCGCGAAAAACCUCGUCAGACCACUCCCGACUACUUGACAGGAUGCACUGACCCUUUCGAAAGGGAGUUCAAAGAUGGAAGAAGUGCCGACGAUGUGCCAUCCACGCCACAAGCCCUAGUCGAAGCCUUUGACAAAUCCGUCUUCAGUGAAACGCUAGACCAGGAAAUGAAAUCAUACCGCGACCAGAUUCAGAAGGAAAAGAAGGUAUACGACGAUUUCGAGAUCGCCAACAAAGAGGCAAAGCGCAAGUUUACCUCUGACUCAUCUGUCUACUCGAUCCCUUUCCACCUGCAAACCUGGGCUUUGAUGCAACGGCAGUUCCUCCUCAAAUGGCAAGAUAAGUUUGCCCUGACUGUCUCUUGGGUUACCUCUGUUGGUAUUGCCAUCAUCUUGGGUACUGUAUGGCUCGACCAACCCAAGACAAGCGCCGGUGCCUUUACUCGAGGAGGUCUUUUGUUCAUCAGUCUGCUAUUCAACGGCUUCCAAGCAUUCUCGGAACUUGCAGCCACAAUGAUAGGCCGUUCAAUCGUCAACAAGCACCGCUCAUUCACGUUCUACAGACCUAGCGCACUUUUCAUUGCGCAGAUCAUUGUGGACACUGCGUUUGCCAUUGCAAGAAUUCUCGUCUUCAGUAUCAUCGUGUACUUUAUGUGCGGACUGGUUCUUGAUGCUGGGGCGUUUUUUAUAUUUGUUUUGAUUAUCCUCGAGGGCUAUGUGACAAUGACAGUCUUCUUCCGAACUGUCGGAUGUCUGUGUCCUGACUUCGAUUAUGCCAUCAAGUUCGCAUCCGUCAUUAUCACAUUCUUCGUUUUGACAUCCGGAUAUCUUAUUCAGUGGUCUGGCGCUCAGGUGUGGCUGCGAUGGAUUUACUUCAUCAACCCCUUCGGUCUUGGGUUCGCUGCAUUGAUGGUCAACGAGUUUAGGCACCUUACUUUGACAUGUACGACAGACUCACUCGUGCCAACUGGAGCUGGUUAUAGCGACAUUGCGCACCAGGCUUGUACCCUAGCGGGAGGCCACCCUGGUUCAGCAAUCAUCUCGGGUUCCAACUACAUUGCACAAAGCUUCAGUUAUCUUACUGGGGAUCUUUGGCGAAACUUUGGCAUUAUGAUUGCUCUGAUUAUUGGUUUCCUCUGUUCGAACUUGUAUUUCGGGGAAACACUUCAAUUCGGUGCAGGCGGCAAAACCAUCACUUUCUACCAGAAAGAAAAUGCUGAGCGAAAAGAGCUAAAUGAGGCAUUGAUGCAGAAAAAAGCAAACAGACAGGCAAAGACUUUGGAGGCUGAUGCAGGAUCAAACCUCAAGAUUACCUCCAAGUCCGUGUUCACCUGGGAAGACGUCUCUUACGAAGUGCCUGUACCCUCCGGCACCCGGCGUCUUCUGAACUCUGUUUACGGUUAUGUUCAGCCUGGAAAAUUGACCGCACUCAUGGGAGCAUCUGGUGCAGGAAAGACAACGCUGCUGGACGUUUUGGCGGCACGGAAGAACAUUGGUGUUGUCACCGGCGAUAUUUUCGUCGAUGGCAAGCCUCCAGGCACCGCGUUCCAAAGAGGGACAUCCUACGCAGAGCAACUUGAUGUUCACGAGGACAUGCAGACGGUACGAGAAGCGCUGCGUUUCUCUGCGAAUCUGCGCCAGCCAUUCGAGACGCCUCAAUCGGAAAAGUACGCCUACGUGGAAGAGAUCCUGACCCUCUUGGAGCUGGAGAACCUCGCAGAUGCAAUCAUCGGCACACCUGAAACUGGCCUUUCGGUCGAAGAAAGAAAGCGAGUCACAAUCGGCGUCGAACUGGCGGCGAAGCCUGAGCUGCUUCUAUUUUUGGACGAGCCUACCUCUGGUCUGGAUGGCCAAUCUGCCUGGAACAUUGUUCGUUUCCUUCGGAAGCUAGCGGCAGCAGGCCAGGCUAUUCUCUGCACCAUCCACCAGCCGAACUCCGCUCUCUUCGAAAGCUUCGAUCGUCUGCUCCUACUCCAAAGAGGAGGUGAAUGCAUCUACCACGGUGACAUUGGCCAUGACUCCCAGAUCCUGCUAGAAUACUUCCGUCGCAAUGGAGCCGACUGCCCCGUGGAUGCCAACCCGGCUGAGUGGAUGCUUGAUGCCAUUGGCGCUGGCCAAACACGUCGGAUUGGAGACCGUGACUGGGGCGACAUUUGGCGCACUUCUCCUGAACUGGAUCAAGUCAAAGAGGAAAUUAUCCAGAUCAAGGAAAAUCGUGCUCAGGCCGUUCGGGAUAAUCGUGACGAGAAUAAGGUGGAUAGAGAGUAUGCUUCACCUCUCUGGCACCAGAUCAAGGUCGUCGGCCGGCGAACGCAUCUAUCAUUCUGGCGCUCAAGAAACUAUGGUUUCACAAGGCUUUACACCCAUGUUGUGAUUUCCAUCAUCACGGGUCUUGUAUUUUUGAACCUCGAUGACUCUCGAUCCUCGCUACAAUACCGCAUCUUCGUCAUUUUCAACGUCACCGUCCUCCCAGCUAUCAUUCUCCAAAUGGUUCAACCGCGAUACGAUAUGGCACGUCUAAUCUUCUACCGCGAAUCAGCAUCAAAGACAUACAGCCAGUUCGCCUUUGCACUGUCAAUGGUAGUCGCCGAAAUCCCCUACAGUCUCUUGUGCGCCGUCUGCUUCUUCCUGCCUUUAUACUACAUCCCUGGAUUCCAGACCGAGUCCAGCCGAGCCGGCUACCAAUUCCUCAUAAUCCUCAUAACGGAGAUGUUCUCCGUGACACUAGGCCAGAUGAUCUCAGCUCUGACUCCAAACAGCUUCAUUGCGUCUCAGCUCAACCCACCCAUCGUGAUUAUCUUCUCUCUAUUCUGCGGCGUCGCAAUCCCCAAGCCGCAGAUGCCCGGCUUCUGGCGUGCAUGGUUGUACGAUCUCGACCCCUUCACUCGUCUUAUCGGCGGAAUGGUCGUGACAGAACUGCAGGGCCGGGAUGUGGUUUGCGCAGAGUCGGAGUUGAAUCUUUUCAAUGCCCCUGACAAUCUCACCUGUGGCGAGUACAUGAAGCCAUUCUUUGAUCGCGGUGGUAAGGGAUACAUUGUCGAUGAUGCGGCGCAGGCUUGCAAGUACUGUGCGUUCAAGGUUGGAGAGCAGUUUUACGCGACGUUCAAUAUGUCUUUUGAUAACAGGUGGCGGGACCUGGGCAUCUUCGCUGCGUUUAUUGUGUCCAACUUGAUCAUCUUGUUCCUCGCGUCUCGCUUCCUGAACUUCAACCGGCGAUAA